AGAGUUAAAGAAAAACAAAGAAACGAGAAGUGCUCGCUCACUAGCUAACUAAGCUAGCUCACAAAAUAUAUAUUAAAGCUUAAAUUACAUACAUAUAUAGUUCGUAUAAUUAAUAUAUAAGUGUGCUAGCUAGCUAGACAGUUAAUUAAUUUAAUUAAUUCGUUUAAGAUGGAGGUUAUGUCUGCCCACACCAAUGGGGUCACCAAGAGCCACCAGAACGGCACCAAGAUCAACCAGAACGGCUCGUCUUAUCAUCUCGAAAACGGCGGCGGCGGCGGCAAAGACUUCGGGAGUAUUAAGCCAGGCUGGUUUUCCGAGUUCAGCCAAAUGUGGCCUGGCGAAGCAUUCUCACUGAAAAUAGAGAAUUUACUAUUCAAAGGAAAGUCAGAUUACCAAGAUGUAAUGUUAUUUGAGUCAGCUACAUAUGGGAGAGUGUUGACACUGGAUGGAGCAAUCCAACACACAGAGAAUGGAGGAUUUCCCUACACUGAAAUGAUUGUCCAUCUCCCUCUUGGCUCCAUUCCCAAUCCUAAGAAGGUUUUGAUUAUUGGAGGAGGAAUCGGCUUUACUUUGAUGGAAGUGUCUCGUUAUCCUACAAUUGAGAAAAUAGAUAUCGUUGAGAUUGAUAAAAUGGUAGUCGAUGUGUCUAGGCAAUUCUUCCCAUACCUAGCUGCAGGAUUUGAGGAUCCCCGCGUGACGCUCCAUAUCGGAGAUGGAGCUGCAUUUGUGAAGGCUGCUCAGAAAGGAUAUUAUGAUGCAAUUGUGGUAGACUCUUCUGAUCCUAUAGGACCGUCAAAGGACUUGUUUGAGAGGCCAUUCUUUGAGGCAGUUGCCAAAGCACUUAGACCAGGAGGUGUUGUGUGCACCCAAGCUGAGAGCAUAUGGCUUCACAUGCACCUUAUUAAGCAAAUAAUGGCUAAUUGCCGUCAAGUUUUCAAAGGAUCAGUCAACUAUGCUUGGACCACUGUCCCAACAUAUCCUAGUGGCGUGAUUGGUUACAUGUUGUGCUCCACUGAAGGACCAGACGUUGACUUCAAAAAUCCAGUCAACCCCAUCGACAAACUAACUAACCAUGUCAAAUCUAAAGGCUUUGGACCACUCAAGUUCUACAACUCGGAGAUUCAUAGAGCAGCGUUCAUUCUACCUUCGUUCGCAAUAAAAUUGCUCGAGUAGGAACAGGAAUAAAGACAUGAAGCUAAGGUUUUCGCAAGAUCAAAGGAGACAUUAAUUAAUAUAAUGCGAGGACCAACAAAUAUAAACUACAUAUAUAUAAUAUGUGUCGUACUAGCUGCAUUGUUUUAAUUUCUAUUGUUAUGCUCUCAAAUAAUUUUUGCAGAGAUUUGAUUCGCAUAUGUUCGUUUCAUAAUAUCAUCGAAUUACAUCCAAAAUAAAUUGUACGCCAUGACUUUAUAUUUUUUUAAUGAUCAAUAAUAAGAAAAUCUUGACA